UUGUAUGAGUGAGGAUGAAUUUGAUGGUAUUUUUGGUUUAUUCCACGCUAAAAGAAAUUUAAAACUAUUUUUGUGGUUUCUAGUGAUAAAUUGAAGAUAUAAUUUAGUCAUACAAAAUGCCCUCAAAGCAGAGAAAAAUUGCUAUGAUGGGCUAUAGAUCUGUUGGCAAAUCUUCUUUGAUAAUACAAUUUGUGGAAGGACAAUUCGUUGACUCGUACGACCCCACAAUUGAAAACACGUUUACGAAGUUUAUUCGCUUGAAUUCUACCGAAUAUGAAGUGAAGCUGGUUGACACUGCUGGUCAGGAUGAAUACAGCAUAUUCCCCCUUCAGUAUAGCAUGGACUUUCAUGGUUAUGUGUUGGUUUACUCUAUAACUUCUAGCAAAAGUUUCCAAAUAGUGCAAAUACUGUAUGACAAAUUACUAGAUAUGGUCGGCAAGAUACAUGUUCCCAUAGUGUUAGUAGGAAAUAAAACUGAUCUUCACUUGGACAGGAAAAUUAGUACCGAGGAAGGUCAGAGGUUAGCAGAAAAAUGGAAUGCGGCGUUUGUGGAGACAAGUGCUAAAAAGAAUGAGUCAGUGACAGAUAUGUUCCACGCCAUACUAUCGGAGAUUGAAAGGUCAGAUGGGCACCUUGCCGAGAAAAACGGAUGUGUUAUAUGUUAACCGCGGCUAAAUGAACUAAGUGCUUUUUACUUAAGAGGUAAUAUAGAUCUAAUUGUAUGUGCACCUGAAUUGAAUUUAGGUAAGCUUUGUUUACAUAAGCUUAGUGAUGUGCUUAGUAAAUGUAAGAGUCUCCUCGCGUCGCGGCCGAGCGUUUUGACUGCUGCGGUCAUAGGUUCAAUCAACAAAUGCUAAAAUGGCAAACAUAUUUUUUUUACGCUUAGGCAGGGGCCUGUACCUUAGCCAGACUAUGCACUUACGUUGACAUAUUCAUAUUUCUCGGUCGCUUUGGAAAACCUAUCGCCAAGAAGAAAGCUAUAUCCAAAGUCGCCUUUUACGACAUCCAUGUUCUUUUAUAAAAAUAAAAAAAAAUGAAAUUUCCAUCUGAGCCUCAGAAAAAUAUGAUUGCUACCCUAUGUUAAGCUCAAAAUUCUAGCCCACAUCCAAAGUUAGAAUAUGAAUGUGCAAUUCUCACAAUUGUUAGGAUGAUCCACAUCCACACCUGAAUGUGCAAGUUUAGCAAAGUUUUGUUGAUUUAAUAAUGAAUUUAGCAGUCAUUGCGCUCGGCCGCCCUUCAAAAUGAAUGAUGUAUAGAGAGCCAUUUUCAAAAUGACACGGGUCUUGGAAGAGUAUGUUUUUAGGUGAUGAACUACUAGAUUGAAUUAAUAUAUUGGAAUAUGAGAGCGUUCCUUUCAUUUACUUAUCAUAAUUGUGAGCAAUAAAUAAUAUUUAAUGAUCGUGUUAAAAAUACAGUAAUGUGAUGUUUUGGAAAUGGUUGCUUUGUAAAUAAAUUGAAAAAUAAUAUAAGAGAAAUAUGCUAAAGAUUAGUGCAUAAGUGCGUGUUUUUAAAAAUGCUCACACUGCAGGCUAGCAGGGCAACUGAAAAUACUGAAAAUAUAGAUUGUUAUCAAGAAGCGUGUAGAAUUGACCAAUCACAGACAAUCGCUUUGAACGAAGCACUGUGAUUGGUUGAUUUCAAACGGUAAUGUUUUUAAUAAACAUUAGCUUUUGCCUGGGAGUUUUUGGUUUCUAUUUAGCCCUAUGGGAAUUUCAUCAAUACAUAUAUACCUACAUAUAGCCAUGUCUAUAUCCUUUGCAGGCAACAGUCUUGAAAAGAUUGUAAAGCCGCGUUCACCUGUAUGACUUUGUGUUAGAAUUAAGAUUCAAAUAGUGACAAGUCAAAUUACAGUGGAAUGAGUUUAUGCGUUGUCGACUUAUUAUGUACACAGAUUUAGUGGCAAUGUAAAGUCGUGUUUCUAUAAGAAAUUUUAUUGGGCAUAUGAAUACAACAAUAUUGAUCAAAUAUUUUUAUCUACACGUAAGCGUUUAUUUUUUAAAACACUGAAUUUAAUUAAGUAUUUUUUUCAACUAUAGGGUCCUAAGUAACAUUGUGUUCUCUUCAGACUAUUAAAAUAGCUAUAUUUUUGGGUAAACUUAUCCAAACUGUACGUAUAUAUCAUAGCUGUGUAAAAACUGUAAAUGUUAUUUAAGUUUUUAUAGUGAUAGUAAGCAACUUUGUUGCAAAUGGGUUCAUUUAUUUAUAAGUAAGAUUGCAUUUAGAUAUAGAGGAGUUCAUCUUGAUGAUACUUAUCAUAAAAUAGAUCUUAUUGGAAGUGGCAAUUAGGCUUGGUACAGUCAACCGCAUAUAAAUUUACCCUGCAUGGAAUUCUACCACGCGGUAAUAGAGGCGAAUUUGCAGUGAAUUUGGGAAGGUUGAUGUGUACUUACGUGUCUCAGAAAUCAGAAUAGAGUUAUUUGUUUCAUUAAAUUUCACAAGAUACAUUUCAUCUUACUGAGAUGCGGAUCUCUUAACGAACAUUGACAAGUAAUAUGCCUUAACAUCUGUUUCUUUCUGACUUUGAGGUUUACAAAAGAGAUAGAGCGAGAGGGGAAAUAUUUAUGUUUUUAUAAAAUUUUGUAAAUAAUCCCCCAUCGUCUUUAAUUUGGCGAAAUAAAAUUAAAACCUACAUACUUUUUAGCAUAAACCAGAAAAAGAGAAAGAUUGUCCUGCUUUGAAUGGAUAAUUAUUUGCAAUAAUUGUUGUCGAUGUAAUGCAUUAGUAUAUUAUAAAACGCUAUAGUUAUUUAUUUGCAAUAAAACUUGUCAUCUAUAUAAAAUAAAUGUAAUAUAUGGUGUUAAGUUUAACUUGUCUAUAUACAUAUAAAUAAAUGCAUGUUUUACCGACCUAAUAGAGUCGGUAUACUGGACUUUAUAUAGGUUAGUGGGUCGCUGAUUCUAGCCAUGAUUGUUAAAGAAGUCAAUGAAAUAUCUGGUUAACCAAAGUUAAUGCUGCAUUUGAAACAUUUACUAAAAAAGAAAUAUAUGUUCACACGGUGUUUAAAAUUUUAGUGGAAUACGUGCUUGCAUUUUAAUAUAAUUAUAUGUAUAAAAUAAUAUAUGAAAAGAAAACAAUACAUAUUAUAUUUUAAGAGAAUAUUAUUUUAAGGCCUUCUUAAGUUAUGCUUAACUUGUAAAUAUUAAGAAUCGUUUAUUUACUUAACACUUUUGAGUAUCAAUCCAAACUACUUAUUCUAAGACUUUACAGAACAAACCAGAAAUAUUUUCUUAUUUUAAAAGAUUCUAUUUUUAAAUGGACUCUAUGGUAGGGCGUGAUCUGGAAGCGAAAAGUCAUAGUCUGCCUGCCCUUUUGGUGAAACAAUUUAUGAAAAUUGAACUCUUCUCACGUUGUAAUAAAAUCCUCAUUGAAGGGUUUACAAUAUUCUAAUAAAUGUUUGUGAGUUUUUCUGUAACACAGACAGAAUAUCUUUGUAAACUUAAAAAUAUCGUUUCAUUAUGUGAGGAUUAUGCAAUUUAUUCUAGUAUAAUAUGCCGCAGUACCUUGAUCUAGUAUAUAUAUUUAUUUCUAACAAGAGGUCUUAUUCACGAACGAUGACUAGGUUUUAUUCCCAUAUUCUCUGACUCAAAGUUUGACCCGUGGCAACAUAAUGUCAAGCCAAAGCAGACAAAAAUCAGCGGGUGUUAGUGUGACCACGGGUCGAGCAAGAAAACGCGAAUAUGUAUUUAUUUUAUUUCAUCAGCGCCAAGUAAUGAUAACGUGAUGGCUUUGACGCAAUUAGGUGUAUACUAUAAACAAAGUCGCAUCGUAUACAGAAAACUUUUCAAUGUAAUUUUUCUUGGUUUAAUAAGAGUUAUAGAAAGUAAGAGGAAGGAAUGUAUACCUUAUCAACGUUCCUGAUAAGACCCAAAGAAGUGCUUAAGAUUUGUACAGGCUGCCUUCAGUGGCGGUUAGUUAGGUGGUGAUUCGUAAAGAGUGUUAAGGGAUUCAUGUAUAUAAUUGAUUAGGGGAAUGACCAAGACAGGGUUGGGUUAAGGGGGUAAGCAAAUGAUGGCGGCGACAAGCGUCUACGUUGACCUUGGACAGUGAGUCGUUUGAUUUUUUGUAUUGUUAGCUCCGGUCAACAGGUUUAUAUGAGAUUGCCAGGUGAGAGCAAAAUAAUAUGGACGUCUAUGUACGAUCGCGUUCAUAUCUGCAGUCAUAGUUUUAAAAUUCUUACGGGUUAAAAUAGCGUGCACUGUGGUUCCACGAGACACACACACACAUGCAUAUUUAAAAAGAAUAAAUAUUCCAUCAAAUGAAUACGGUCCUUAAUACCAAUGAUUACUAAGUAAAACAGUUUAUUAUUCUAUGACAUAUAACAUAACAAAACAGAAAGAGACGGUAAUCGGAUUGUAACGAUGGCCGAACUGCCGAUAAUUGUCGAUCGAGAUAUCGUCGUCUCUCAUAAUUUGCAUAAGAUUUGCCUAUAGAGGGAAGCCUGCGACUGCCAGACUUAUGUCAUUUCAAUAAGGUUGAAAGUUUAUCUGCACACGACCCUAACAUAGGUAGUGGUUCCUUUGAAAGUUAUUGGGUAGCAAUUUUAUUACUUGUGUGAGCAAGUGAGAUCUAAGAUACAUAUAUUAGAUAAUCUCGCUUGCUCACACUCGCUUGUUCUAGUUACUAGCGUUACUUGGAUUCCGAAGUUAUUCAAGGAUUUUUUUUUGCCUAUUAAAAAAAAUUUUGUGUUACUGACAAUUUUUAAUGUUUCAAGGAGCCAUUUGAACUAAGUAACUGACUGACUAACUAACUGAUAUCUAAGAAUUACAAACACGGAAAGUUGUCUUCAAACACGGAAAUCAGCAAGAAAUAUUAAACAAGAGGGAGAAAAUAAAACAUUCAAUAAUUAAAAUUAGUAAAUUUUAUUGAAACAGUUUACCUAUAGUUUUGUUUACAUAUUGAUGAUUAUAUAAAGCUAUAGGUACAUACAGAAUAUUACACUAAUUGUAUCAUCUACUUAUCUCCUGUUAUUAAGGUUACAGCUUAAUUAUUCGUUUUCAUAAAGAAAAGAUAUUGAAGCUGUCCUUAAAUACUAUCUAAGUAAUUAGUAGUUUUAAUAUAAACUGGCAGAACCUUUCACGCACUAUAUGGACUCGAUGCACAGGGCACAAAUGAUAUUGUUGGCAUAUCAUCAAUCGGAAAAAUAUACCGCACAGUUGGUAACAUGGUUUCUUCCAGCACUUGCACAUAAUGAGCAGCUGUAGCGCGUCCUGCUAUCCACACCUGUUCCCCAAGUCCAGCAGCACUCAUCCAGCCCCACAUAUUUACAAAUAUGUGUCCAGACUCCAUAUUUGGCACAAUAUUUUUUCUUCAUACCGAGUUGCAUUUCUUCGCCAUAAAUGAAGCCUACCGUAUUGUGAUGACAUAAACGAACUUUUCGUCCGUAAAUAUCGCUUCUUUCCAGUCAAAAUCCAAAUAAUGCCGAGCAAAUUCUAAACGUCUUUGCUUAUUUAUUUCGGAUAAAUACGGCUUUCUUGCUGGCUGUCUGUGGUGUAGUCCCUCACGAUGCAAACUCGACGAACAGUAACCACUAAUGUGUCGAACUGUUCCGCAAAUAUUCUGGUCGGUAUGAAGCCAUUAUUUUCGUACUGUUCCACCAUGGAUCUCCGCUGUGUGGCUGUCGCUGUGUUGAUUAUUAGCGGACGACGGUCGCUGCGCGGUCGUCUUUUUACACUACCCUCUUCUUGAUGGCGUGUUACCCAACGUUUCACCGCUUGUUGUUUAUUGUGUUAUUUGUGUGAAUGUGUGAGUGAUAGCAGCGGUGCAAGCUAUAAAGUUUUGCGAACUAUGACUGCAAUUAUGAACGCGACCGUACCUAUGCACUUUUAUACGUUAUGUGCAGAUAUAUUAAUCCAUUCAAAAAUAGAUCUUAACAUAAUAUAAUAAAGCACAUAAUUGUUAAAGAGCACAGUUUUACAUUUGAGCAGUGUGUGCUUUAUUGUAAUCAAUUAAGAUCUAUUUUCGAAUGUACGGAGGAAUUUGUUUGUUUGAAACACCUUUAAAAAGGGGUUGUGGGUUUAGUUUAUAUAAUAUGUCUGUGAUUGGAAGUUACAUAUUGUACAUGAAGGGAAACAGGUUGAUGAAAUGCAAUGAAACAUCAUAGUACAGAAUGAAAACAUAACUGUGUAUUUAUUUGUAAAUGUACCAUUUAACGUGGUUUGGUUACACGUGACGCUUGUCGCUACGUUUUGUUAUUACAAAGUUUGUUAACGGAACCUAGUGUGUUAUUUUAAUUUUAUAAAAACCCGUUUUUAAAUAUUUUUACCAAAUUCAUUUUUAAAAAAUCCCCUUUUUAUAUGCGCUAAAUUUCCGAAGAAGGAAUACAUCGCCAUGAUUUAUUGUAGAUUUUAAUAAACAAAACGAAGUGAAUAUGUCGCGGUAAAUCAUGUAACUUUUAAUCAACUAGAUAUUUUUACAACGCAAUUUGUCUGGCUUAGGCCUCACAAUAAAAUGCUACCCAUUGCAAUGUAAAUAGCGAGUUCUGUUAAAUAAACAGCUACUUACCGCA